GACUUUCCUUCAUGAAUGCUAAGCCUGUGGCUGUUUUUGUAUGUUUUUAUCUUCCCGUAAACACUCCCUCCCUCGCCCCCCUCCUCCCUCGCCAUAUUCCUGUUUGUUUUUGCAGGGUACCGAAAUGGCUGGUGACAAUGAUGUGCCUGCCGAGGCGAGGCUUACGAGUCAUGAAGCCGCAGGUUGCAGAGGGGGUGAGCAAUGUGUGACAGGUCGUGCCGGUGGGAACCUUCAAGGAAUGAUGGAUGAUGAGAAUGACGAUGUCGUCUUUGUGGCAGCGAAAAGAUGGUCGGUUGACAUGGACACUAAGCAAACUGAACGGCCGUCGCUUCUACUUCAGAGAGAAGUUCAGACGGUACGGAAAAGAGGUCAAAAGAAGAGGCAGUGUUGGAUGGAAGAAUCGGGCAGCGCUGACUGGGAUGAACAGUGCAACAGUCCCUCUUGUGGACCGCCGAUGAGUAGGAGGACGACAGAUUCAUGCGUCUCUUGUGAAGCUGGUGCAAUGAAAAGCAAUGCAUCGUGUCGUUUAACGUCAUCCGAGAAUUGUUUCGGAACGAGUUUCGACGAAGCAACAGGUUGCUCAACAGGAUCUGUGGCUGGCCGCCAUUGUGAUGGGGGCAUUGACAACACGACAUCAGAGUCGCGAGAAUGGGGAAAUUGCCAGUCUGAGAGCGACUGCAGUUGCAUGGCAAUGUCCCCAAGCACUGCAAGCUGUGGCAAAUGUUCUGGAGUCUCGAUGUCAUCGCAAGGAGAUCGAUCCAAGGCCCGAGCAGAUCUCUCAUACGACAAAAGCAGUAAUGUGACCAGUGUGGCAAACAGCGGUGAGCAUUCUGGACCCUGUGUCGAAGAAGUAACCCAACGAAGGUCCUCACGGAUGCGGAAGAAGACAAUGACUUCUCAGUCAGAUGGCAUUUGGUAUGCAGGGGAGCUGGUAUUUGAGCGUAGGAGGGCUGUUCACAAACUCCAAACUAAAAAGAAGCCUAAACAAGGAGAGCACACAACCCUUUCGGCGAAUAGGAAACGAGCGACAGCAAGUGAGCCCGAGUCUGCUAACCAAUGCGAGAACAAAAGCCGCAUCUGGAGGAACAGACGCUGUGAACCAUCUCCUACUCCCCUGUGUAAUUCUACCGUGCCACAGUCCAGCGAUUCGUUCCUCGAAAGCGAAGACGAUAGAAAGGAUCUCAUGGAACUGCGUCUACGGAGGAUGACUGCGCUGGCAACGGUGGUCGACAACAUCAUCCGCCAGGAGAAUGUGCAUUUCUUCACUGAUAGACCUUUCCAGCUGUGUCUCUGAGCGAAGAACCGGAGAUCUGCCGACUACGACUGCCUGGAUUAGUUGCCACAGUCCUGAGCUGUUGUUACACCUUCCCCAGUGCGCCUCUGAAUGAACACAAAGCUUCCCGACUGCGGACGAUGUCACUUCUAAAGAUGGUCAAACCGGUUCAAAAAACAGGCGACGAACUACUUAAGAUGCCCAGCCCGCACCGUCAACUGCUGAAGAGAGCCGCACAUAGGAGGCUAUCGUCAUAGCAUCUUCCUUCGUCAGGGUUUGUUGCUACUAUGGAAACUGUCACGUAGGGUGGGAAGGCCACAGCGAAACACUGGCUGUGCCCCUACAGCCUCAAACAGCAGGCUUAAGCAACCAGUACAUCCGAGCCUCUUUUGUACGAGCCAGAUUCUCCCCCUGCGCGUUUUUGUUUUCGUUUUGGCUUGGCGCUGUCCACCAUUUUGGUCAGGUUGCCCCGAGCCUCCGAACUUUCUGGACUGAACGGAUCGUAUUUCUCAAGUUGUCCGGGGCCAUGUACUGGUGGUUGAAACGCCAGAAGGGCAACAACACCUGCAGAGAUUAACGUCAACGGGUUGUUGUGGACACCAGAAGGGCAACAACACCUGCGGAGAUUAACGUCAACGGGUUGUUGUGGACGCCAGAAGGGCAACAACACCUGCAGAGAUUAACGUCAACGGGUUGUUGUGGGCUUUUCGUGGAACGCCGAAGAUACAAUGUCGCAGAAGUUCAGUGGGAAGGAACAACUCCUUUUCCCUUUUUGAGGAUCAGUUUGUCCAUUGGAUCAGUUUGUCCAUCCCAGACGUCAACAAGCGGUUCAACGACACUUCCCAGAAAUAGUUUUCAGAAAUUCAGACUCAUUUUCAGAGGUGAAAUGGAGGCAAUGUGUCGUCUUUCACAACCUCCAGUAAGUUGGGCAAUGUUCACGCACACUACUGUCUUCCCCCGAAUAGAACGUACGGGAAUUAUGCCUGUAUGCAGGGCAACUUUCAGUCUAGAUACAGGGAUAAUGACCGUAUGUUCUAUUCGGGGGAAGGCAGUCGCGCUUUCCCUGACGACCAAUAUGGCCAGUUAUCAGUGGAAAAUUAUCCUGCUGUGCGUAGUACGCACUUAGUGCUGCUUGAUUUAGAAAUUAGAAACCCAAUCAAAGGCACCAUUUUCU